UGGCGGUGUUUCCUGCGUAGCUGGAACCAUGCAGCUGUUCAUCUGUGCUCAGAACCUGCACACCCUUGAGGUGUCUGGACAGGAAACAGUCACUCACAUUAAGGCUCGCAUUGAGUCCCUGGAGGGCAUUGCACCUGAGGAUCAGAUGGUUCUCUUGGGUGGAACUCCCUUGGAGGAUGGAUCUCUGAUUAGGCAAUGUGGCAUCAGCGAGCUUACCACCUUGGAGGUGGCUGCUCGCAUGCUGGGUGGUAAGGUCCAUGGCUCGCUGGCUUGUGCUGGGAAGGUGGGAGACCAGACUCCCAAGGUUGCCAAGCAAGAGAAGAAGAAGAAGAAGAAGAAAACUGGCCAUGCCAAGAGACGCAUGCAGUACAACAGGCACUUUGUCAAUAUUGUGCUGGGCUUUGGCAAGAAGAAGGGCCCCUAUGCUAACUCCUAA